GCGACCCUGGUGGAGUGUAAACUCCCCUCGGCCGCCCAGCGCUGUUUUGCUCACUUUACCGCCUUGCUUAAUUGAAUAAAGCUAUCCCUUUAUCACACUAGACUUUGUCUGGUUUUGUCACGAGAAUCUAUAACAAUUUGGUGCCAUGACUCGGAUCCAGAUUCCUUUGCUGCGGGAUUCCCUCACGACGGGAGGCGCCCUGCCCGCAGUAGCGGGCAGCCCUGAGUUGGGGGUUUCCCGCUGCAAAUACUGGAUCUCUGAACCCCUCUAAAUUUGGUGAGUGAGCAAAAGAACCUGCAGAACCCCAUAAUCAUUUGUGCACGAAGACUGAACGAAGACUCACGAUUGAGUAAGUAUUGCAUGGAUCCGUCCUGUCAGGGUUGGUUAUCCUGGUGUGUGCCUGUGUGAGAGGUCUCUAAGAGGCCAAGCGAGAGCGGACCCUUCAGUAGUGCGGUUCUCGUAGCCCGAGAGGGAUCGAGCCACGACCAAGGGGAGCACACGCAUGUGUGUGAGAAGGUGCCCCAGAAGAUGGGACAGGGGAAAAGCAAGGCCCCUCUGCCCAUGGGCGGCAAUGGAAAGUUGCCCGACAUACCGCCAGGAAGUCCGUUAGGGCUAAUGAUCAAAUAUUGGAGGGACUCUCCCCGCAGAAAAGGGAAAAGUAAAGAGAAAAUGGUACACUACUGUGUGGAGAUCUGGGGAGGGAAACCCCUAAGAAAUCCCCAUAUAAUGUGGCUGGUAUUUGGCUCAUUCAAAGAUUGGAUAUGUCAAGAAUUAAAUCUAUGGGUAAACAAUAAACCCCAAGUGGACUCUGAGGUGUCCGAAUAUGCCGCUCUCUGGAUUGUGCAAUCACAGGAGCAGGCAUUUUUAUUUAAUCUUAAAGAAAAGGGGAAAUGAAAAAAAAAACUGGGGAGGAGGAGGGGGAAUACCUUUGGCCACCCCCAUACAGCCCCCAGGAACAAGCACCCCCUCCUCCCGUUAGCGACGAGUCUUCCCUGCAACUAGAAUCUCCUGUAGUAAGGAGAAGCACCCAAAAACGUAAUCAGAAGGAAGAAAAGUUAUAUCCAUUAAGGGAGGUUUUAGUCCCAGGUGCAGGUGCCGCGGCCCCCAGGGCUGGGUAUGUAGCAGUCCCACUGAAUACUAGUGAUGUAAGAGAGUUUAAGAAAGAAAUGGGGAACCUUCUAGAGGAUCCCCUAGGAGUUUCCGAAAGGUUAGAUCAGUUUCUGGGACCUAAUUUAUACACUUGGGACGAGAUACAGGCGAUUCUAGGGAUCCUGUUUACAGCAGAGGAGAGAAAUAUGAUUAGGGGAGCAGGAAUGAGACUGUGUGAUCAACAACACGCAGCCAUACCCACGGCUGACCGAAAAUGGCCAUUACAGAGACCUAAUUGGAAUAACCAAGAUGAACAAGCCCGUACUAACAUGGCCGAUUUAAGGUACAUUAUUAUCCAAGGAAUUAAGGAGGCAGUACCCAGAGGACAAAACAUAAGUAAGGCUCUUAAGGAGGAGCAACAAAAAGAUGAGAGCCCCACCGUGUGGUUAGAAAGGUUAAGGAAGAGCCUCCAACUGUACUCUGGGAUAGAUCCCAGCAUACUGGCCGGGCAGACUCUGUUAAAAACUCAAUUUGUAGCUAAGUCAUGGGUGGACAUUCAUAAGAAACUAGAGAAGUUGGAAGACUGGCAGGGUAGACCUAUAGAUGAGUUACUGAGGGAAGCACAGAAGGUAUUUGUUAGGAGGGAGGAGAAUCAAAAGAAACAAGCCAGGCUCUUGGUAGCUGCAGUAAAAGAAGGACAGAGGGGAGCUGUAAGUGCAAUAAGGAGACCGGUAGGGAAGGGGAUCGAGAAAUUCCCUGCCAGAGGGUCAAAAGUUGAAGAGAAGGAAUGAAGAAAAUAAGAGAGAGAGUGCUUCUAUUGUAAAAGGAGAGGCCAUUUGAAGAAAGAUUGUAGGAAGAGAAUACAGGACGAAAAAAAAUGUUUUUAGAAGAUUAGGGGGGUCAGGGGCUCUAUGUGCUGAGGACCCCGGGAAAAACAGAGCCCUUGAUAAAAUUAAAAAGUGGGUCCUCAGCAACAGGAGGUGUUAUUUCUUGUAGACACCGGGGCAGAGAGAUGAACUGUCCAGACCUUACCUCGUGAGUGUAAAAUCACGUCUGAAAGCAUAAAUGUAGUAGGAGCAAAAGGGGAGCCGUUUAAAGCUCCAGUCAUCAAACAUGUAGAAAUAGGAUCAGAAGGUAGGUAUGGCAUUGGAUCCUUUUUGCUAGUCCCUGAAGCAGAUUACAAUUUAUUAGGCAGAGACCUAAUCGUUGAGUUAGGAAUAAAUCUGGAGGUAGAGGGAAAGGAACUAAAAGUAAGAAUAUGUGCCCUCACAACCCAGGAUGAGGAGAGAAUUAAUCCAGAGGUCUGGUAUACCCCAGAUACUGUAGGGAGGUUGGAUAUUACCCCCUUUUGAAGUAACCAUCAAAAACCCUGAGAUCCCCGUUAGGAUCAAACAAUACCCCUUAUCUCAGGAAGGGAGGCAGGGAUUAAAGCCUGAAAUUGAAAGGCUGCUGAAAAGGGGCCUUCUUGAGCCCUGCAUGUCCCCAUUCAACACUCCCAUAUUACCCGUAAGAAAACCCGAUGGAAGUUAUAGACUGGUCCACGACCUCUGGGAAAUAAACAAAAGAACAGUAACCAGGUUUCCUGUAGUAGCUAACCCCCAUACUCUAUUAAGCCAAUUAAGCCCUGAAAAUCAGUGGUACAGUGUUAUAGACUUGAAAGAUGCCUUCUGGGCCUGCCCCUUAAAGGAAGAAUGCAGGGACUAUUUUGCAUUCGAAUGGGAGGACCCGGAGACCCAUAGGAAGCAGCAACUUAGAUGGACAGUCCUUCCCCAGGGAUUCACAGAAUCCCCUAAUUUAUUUGGUCAGGCCCUGGAGCAAAUUCUCCGAGGUUACAAUCUGGGAAAAGGAAACACCCUUGUCCAAUAUGUAGACGAUUUACUACUUGCAGGGGACACCCGGGAGUCUGUGAGAGAAGCAAGUGUAAAAUUACUAAACUUUUUGAGUUUACAAGGACUGAAGGUGAAAGAGGGGAGGACUUGAUUCGAAUUGAUUCCGCUUAAUGAAAGAGGGUUUGAUUUUGGGAUUCUACCUGGACGGUUUAGAUUCUGCUUACAUUCCACAGGAGCAUUCUUUUGUGGUGAGAAAAACAUAGGUUCCAGACUCCUUGUCAGCAAGAUAAGGAGAACCGGAGGAGGGAGAUAGGAGAAGAAUAGGCCCCAGACUCCUUGCCAGCACAGGGUCUGGGUUCUGUUUAGUGCUUACAUUCCACAGGAGCAUUCUUUUGUGGUAAGAAAGACAUAGGUGCCAAACUCCUUGUCAGCAAGACAAUGAGGAAGGGAUG